CAGGAUCCCCCAUCCAUGCACCCAGCACCCCGGGGCGAGCAGGAGGUGACGGCAGAAACCGCUGCGGGCGCCGCGGGGCCGCGUCCCGCUCACGUGUGCGGCGGGGUUGGGGUGUUCCCCCCGCUGCGGUCGGGAGUGCCGACGCGUUCCCCCCCGGGGGAGCGGGGCCGGGGCGGUAAAUGCCGCCUCGGCUGCUUAUAUUUCAGGCGCGGGGCUGCUGGCUCUGCCCCGGCCAGGGCACACAGGCAGCCCAUUGUUGGAGCCCCUUCGGAGCGGCGGGAGCAGGUGCUGCCAAUGGCAACGAUGACGAUGCAGCUGGGAGGUUUGAUGCUGGCUGCGGUGGGCUGGCUGGGCUCCAUCCUCACCUGUGCUCUGCCCAUGUGGAAGGUGACCGCCUUCAUYGGCUCCAACAUCGUGGUGGCGCAGGUGUUCUGGGAGGGGCUGUGGAUGAACUGYGUCUACGAGAGCACGGGCCAGAUGCAGUGCAAGGCCUACGACUCCCUGCUGGAGCUCAGCUCCGACCUGCAAGCCGCCCGUGCCCUGGURGUCACCUCCAUCUUCGUGGCCUUCUUCGCCUUCCUCAUCUCCCUCUCGGGAGCUGACUGCACCCGCUGCGUGGACGACAACGGCACCAAGAGCAGGAUCUCCGCGGUGGCAGGCGUCAUCUUCAUCAUGGCCAGCAUCAUGCUGCUCAUCCCUGUCUCCUGGUCUGCCAACAGCAUCGUCAGCAACUUCUACAACCCCAUGGUGCCCGAGGCCCUCAAGAGAGAGCUGGGGGCUGCUCUUUACAUCGGCUGGGCCUCCAGUGCCCUGCAGCUCUUCGGUGGGGGCAUCCUGUGYUGCUCAGGAUCCCAGUCCCAGCAGGACCCCUAUCCCAAGAAGUAYAGGGCGGUGAAAAGCUCCGGCCCGAUGGGCUAUGCCAUGAAGGACUACGUGUGAGCCGCUGCACUCAGGUGCCAGCAGAGCACCACUGUCCCUGUCCUGUGUCCCCGUGCCACCCUCUGCCCCUGCACUGCCUCCUCCUGCCCACCCCACGCUGGCUGACCCCCAGCACGGUCCCCUUGUGUGCUCUUCCCCAGGCAGAGCACCACUGUCCCUGUCCUGUGUCCCUGUGCCACCCUCUGCCCCUGCACUGCCUCCUCCUGCCCACCCCACGCUGGCUGACCCCCAGCACGGUCCCCUUGUGUGCUCUUCCCCAGGCAGAGCACCACUGUCCCUGUCCUGUGUCCCUGUGCCACCCUCUGCCCCUGCACUGCCUCCUCCUGCCCACCCCACGCUGGCUGACCCCCAGCACGGUCCCCUUGUGUGCUCUUCCCCAGGUAGAGCACCACCGUCCCUGUCCUGCAUCCCUGUGCCACCCCCUGYCCGUGCACUGCCUCCUCCUGCUGACCCCCAGCACGGUCCCCACGUGUGCCCUUGCCCAGGGCAGGGGCUAUAAACAUCCUGGUGCCACCAAG